ACACUCAUCACGCGUCGGUUCACGUUUCCUGUACUGUCAAAAGCUUACUCGUCCAGAUUCCUCCUCGUUCUCAGUAUAUGAACCCAUCAGGUGUCGUAUCAUUCAUUCAUUCAUUCAAUCAUCAAGUGUUCACUCUUCGAAGCCUCGACCGUGUACUGACUGCUGUGUCCCUCCUGCCCGAAGUCCAGUCCACAACAUGGAGCCCACAACAAAACUGAAGACAUCCUACGUCGUGUUCGUCCUUAUUGUGAUGAUGCUGCUGAGGCUCACUGUGGGGACCCAUGCAGAUCCACAGGAGCAAAAGGGCGCUGAUAAUGUUGAGAAUACUGAGUAUCUGCGGCUGCACCCAUUGACUGGUGCAUUAGAGCAGCCAUUGCAUUCUUCUCCGAGCUCCGCAUCAGCACUGACUUCCAGACUACUCGAAUCCCAGAAGCUAACUACGACUGGGCCACAUAUGCCUCCCCUCCGAACACUGACAGAGGAGUCCGUGUCGGAGGAGCCGAUCGUAGUGCAAACCUCGGAAGGAGCGCGCAGUCAGCUGGUCAAUCUGUCGACCACCCUGGACUGCGAUGCCCUGGACCUGUCGAACGUGAAUCUGUUGACCCUGCUGACAUCCUGCUCCUCCUCGCUGAUAGACGAAGCAAUCAGCACCGACUGCUGCACGGAACUGGUGAAAAUCGAGAAAGAUUUUACAACAUGCUUCUGCUCCGUGAUCUCCACUCUUCUGGGCUCGUCUCUCGAAGACUUGGCCAUUCCGACGCUCAUCAGCGGCUGCACGGACCUCAGCUAUCCAUGCGCUUGAUGCAUCAGAGGCACCGGCAACUUAAUUGGCGACUGGCCUUCUUUGCGGCGUGCAUGCUGUGGAUGCACUCAACUGAGGCUAGAAUCCGAUUUUCUACAUACAUACUUAAAUACAAGUUCAGGCCCGAAGUAUGAACCGUCGUCUGAUAGACCACAUGACAUUGCCAUACCACUCUUUAGUGAGCUCCGAGGAUCGGAAAUUAGAAGUCCAGGGAGACGCACGUAGCCUACGCUCGUCUGUUUCGUGGGCUUGCGUUUAGACUGGCCUUAUACAGUCCGUCACCAGGAGGGAGCAUUAGAAUGAUAUGGACAUGGAUUGUGCUCGAGUGUGAGAUGUAACACCCUUGAAAUGUAACCAGCUGGACUCCUAAUGAACUUAUGUCCGUGUCAG